CAGUUGCAACGAAGAACCUCAGAGGCGGAAGCCUGGUCUGACGCCUGGAGAACCGCCUUAGAAUGAUGUCUUCCUAAAACCUAGGACGGGUGAGACUGGCAAUCGCUUGGGAAGAAAAGCAUCCUUUCACUUGGAAUGCAUUUCAUGACCACAUAACAGGAUGACAUUUAAAAUGAAUUUGUGAAAAGCAAGAAGACUAUUUAUUGGUCCCUUACAAGUAUAUUUCAUUAUUCCUGUUCAUUUCACGAAUGUUUAGAUGAGACAAAUUAUUGAUAUUUGUACUAUUGUAUUACUAGCAUUUGCACCCUGUCCUUCAAGCAACUUUGUCUCCAAUAUGCAUUGGCUUCCUUGUUUACAAAAAAUCUGCAAUCAAUUUACUUUGCAUACUUUCAUUCCAAAUUGCUUAGGUAUGUCAGUAAAAUGCAUACAUUCUUCAUUAACAAAUACAUGUGAAGCUGAAAAGAAAUCAUUACAUUUCAAUAUUAGUGAAAACUUACACGAUGAAAUACACAGCGAAGAUAGUCAACAAUUACAUAAACCAGUUAUGGUGGAAGAAGUUAUUGAAUUUUUAGCACCUCAAAAAGAACAGCAUAUUCUUGAUAUGACCUUUGGAGCAGGAGGUCACACAAAGGCAAUUUUACAAAAGGCAAAGGGUAUUAAAAUAUACGCACUCGACAGAGACCCUACAGCUUAUGAAUUAGCUCAACAACUUUCUGAGUCUUAUCCGCAGCAAAUACAGCCUGUUCUAGGAUCGUUUAGUCAAGCAGAAACCUUAUUAACAUCUUUUGGAGUACAGCCAGCAAGUUUAGAUGGUGUUCUUUUGGAUGCCGGUUGCUCUUCUUUGCAGUUAGAUACACCAAAAAGAGGUUUUUCCCUAAAAAAGGAUGGCCCGUUGGACAUGAGGAUGGACGGUGACAGGUAUCUUGACACGCCCACUGCUGCUGAUGUUGUGAAUGCUUUAGAUCAACAGGCACUUGCGUCCAUCCUGAAAACAUAUGGGGAGGAGAAGCAUGCCAAAAAAAUAGCUUCAACAAUUGUUCAGGCACGCAGCAUCUACCCCAUCACCAGAACGCGGCAGCUUGCCAGCAUUAUUGCAGGUGCUUUUCCAGAAACCAUUUUUUAUGCUCGAAAAGACAAACUUUCAAGACCAGCACAUUUAGCCACCAAAACUUUUCAAGCCUUGCGCAUAUUUGUCAACAAUGAGCUACAUGAACUCUAUGAAGGUUUGAAGGCAGCUGAACAUUUUCUAAAACCUGGUGGAAGACUUGUAGCAAUUACUUUCCAUUCUUUAGAAGAUCGUAUUGUCAAAAGAUUUCUGCAUGGGAUAGACAUUUCAGAAAGGUUCAACCUUAGUAUAAGGCAGAAGAUCAGGAGAGCAAAAAUGGACUUGUUAGAAGGGGAGGAUGAAUCGCUCGGUGAAAAUUAUUGUUCAAAAUGGAAACUUAUAGAAAAGAAAGUUCUCACUCCCCAGGAUUCAGAAAUUAAAAACAAUCCCAGGGGACGCUCAGCAAAACUAAGAGGAGCUAUCAAGCUAUGAUCUUAUCUUUGUUCGUACAAUUUAUGAAAAAAAUCUUUACAUUAAAGAUGAGAAC